CGGUGUAAUGUGUAAACCAGCCUCAACAACGAACGUUAAAAAUGACAGGUACCUGGGAACGAGAUUGCCUUGUCAUUCAUAUGCAAAUAAUGACAGUGAGGUGUCUCCAUAACGCCGGGUUUGUCUGACGGGACUGGAAGAAUUUUAUCACAACGUCAGAUAAGCAAGAAGAAUGGCGGGCACUGAUGGCACAGUAGACGUCCAACUCAGCGACACCCUCUGCCAUGGUGCACAGAAAACCGGCAUGACCAGGGAAGAGGUCUUCAGGUAUUACGACACAUGGGCCGAUAGGUAUGACAAGGACCUGUUUGAUCUGAACUACAACGGUCCCCGCCAGUGUGCAGAGGCUCUAGCUGAGGUCCUGUCAGGGAACAAGGCUGCACGGAUCCUGGAUGUAGCCGCCGGAACCGGCUUGUGUGCGAUGGAGCUGAUAAAGCUGGGUUAUACCAACCUGGAUGCGAUUGACGGCAGCCAGGGUAUGUUAGACAUCGCCCAAUCCAGGAACCUGUACCACAGGUACAUCUGUGACUUCCUGGGACCACGGCGCCUCGACAUACAAGACGAUCACUAUGACGCCAUUGCUUGCUGCGGGUCGUUCAGUCAAGGUCACUUGAAGGACGACUGUUUUCCGGAGCUCAUCCGCAUCGUUAAACCAGGCGGUUUGAUCUGCAUCGCGAUGAGGGAAGAGUUUCUGCACACUGUGGAGGCGUACAGGGACAAGCUGGAGCCCGCCAUGGUGACCUUGGAAGAGAAGGGGUCCUGGGAACAAGUGGCACGUGACAUCGUUCCUAAUUUCUACCGCGAACUGAAUGGCGUCAUAUUCAUCUAUAGGGUUCUUGCUCAAACAUAAUCUGAUGAGGCCGAUUUUAAUGUGUAUCCCAAACUAAGAAACUGGUCGAUUAUUGGUGGGUGGAAUUCCUUUUAUAGAUAAACAUUUUACGUGAA